AUGGCCACGCAGCAAGAUGUAGGCGGUAUGCCCUUCUCCAUAGCACAUCAACAGCAACACUUCCGCCUGCUCGAGCUUCCCCAAGAGAUUGUUGAGCUGAUAGACGCGCCCAAUCCUCCGCUGCUUUCUAUUAAAUCCCAAGCCCAGUCCGCUGCUUCUGGCACGUCGAAUGCGAAGCCUGCAUAUGCAGUACUUUGUACGCCGAACAAAACUUUCCAGCUGCGCCAGGUCCAAACAUCCAACUCGCUCUUCGUAACCCAGCCCACCCUCGAAGCCCAUGGCAGCGACAUACCCACCCCUGCCACACGCGCCAUUGCACUGUGCACCGCGACGCUCGAAGCGCAUGCAUCUACCGCGUCUGCUUUUGCCCUCUUGAAGGAGACAUUGCCCGUAUACGAUAUCGUUGCAGGAGAUGUCGACGCGACCAGCAAUGGUAGUAACAAAACCUACAUAUUCAGCCAUCUGCCCUUGUCAGAUGGGGAGUGCCAGGUAGGAUGGGAUGAGCUGAUGGCAUUCGAGGCGGAUGGUGCAUCGUACCAACCUUCACCCAAUGCCCUCUCACAAGUGUGGAGAUCCAUCAACGCUGCUGCGUUGGCCGAAGGCAUCAAGAUGGACGCGCAGUUCUUGACCAACGACAUCACCAAGGCUGCAGCUGAGGAAGGACAUCCAUCGGGUCUCAUAGAAGCUGUGCUAGGAUAUCUGUCGACGGACGAUACUGACAAGAACGGACCAUGGUCAUGUCUUGAUCGAGCAAAGACGGUUGCCUUCACUGGUAGGACGUUACUGGAAGCCAAGCGCGGUGGUGACUUCCUCAUUGCCGACUUCACCGACACCUGGGAGGACCGCCUGCCCGAGGCAUGGCGCAAAGAUGCGCAACUCAGUGCCAUCGAGGGCAUCUACGACUUCCCCUCUGAUACGACUAUAAAGGCAAAGAGCAAAGCCGCCACAACUUCCAGUGCGGACAAUGCGGUGGCGGCUAUGAAACCAUCAGCGCGUAAAUGGCACGAGAAGUUUGCCAAAACGCGAAAGAACUGA